CAAAUCGACCACCUGGGCUGGAUGUACUGCCGGCUGAAACUGCAAGCUGCAUGCCAGGGGAGGGGGAGCCUGCACACUGACCGACUCGUGUUGUCACGUUACCAUGGUAGCUCUGAUGACGUCAUCAAAUUAUUGAGCCCCGCCACCAGGUUAAUGGGUUAGUUCCAAGGCCAUGCUAGUUCGGCCUCAUGACAAAGCGACACAGGGGCGGCACUGCGCAGUGUCAGCGCUGUGACCUCGUACAGAGAGUGGAGGACUAGGACGAAAGGUGUGCUGAGGAAAGUAAGGAGGUGCGUCCCCUCAUGGACCGCCUGUGCGACGAGCUGAAGGGUCUGAAGGAAGCCGUCAUAACUCUGAUUGGACAGCAGUGGCCGCCGGCGGCCGGCCCGCACACCCGGCCCCAGAGUUCCGCGGAGCUGCGGGACGCGGUGCUGGCCGACGUUCGCGACAUGCUGAACGAGGAGCUGCGGCAGCUGCGCCGAGAGCUGCAGAAGCUGAGCGAGGUGCGUCCCCUCAUGGACCGCCUGUGCGACGAGCUGCAGGGUCUGAAGGAAGCCGUCAUAACUCUGACGGAACAGCAGUCGCCGCCGGCGGCCGGCCCGCACACCCGGCCCCAGAGUUCCGCAGAGCUGCGGGACACGGUGCUGGCCGACGUUCGCGGCAUGCUGAACGAGGAGCUGCGCCAGCUGCGCCGAGAGCUGCAGGAGCUGAGCCUGGAGGUGGACCAGAUGAAGAACCAGAGGCAGCUAGAGGUGCAGGUGGCACCACAGCUGCAGCAGCUCCCCAUACCGCAAGAGCUGUUUUCCUGCGGUGGCAAGGCCCCCGCCACGACGGCUUCCACCAUCUUCGGGUCGGGGUUUAGUAAGACGACGCCCUCUACCGGGACGGUCUCCAGCACGAACGGCGGUAUCAAGCUCGACCAGGCGCCGUCGGCCUGGACUGGCGGUACCACGACUGGCGCCUCUGCUGCCGCCUCCACUGGCUUCAGCUUUGGACCGACCACAGCGCCACCUGCUCAGCCGAGCACGCCGAGCUUCUCGUUCCGUCCGCCGACCGCCGAGGGCGCCACCAGCACACCGGCCAAGGCAAGGGGCGAGAACACCACGGAGGAGGGGCCUGUCAGCUCGACCUCUGGCUCUGGCGCCGCGGUCUCCAAUACCACCACCUCCAGCGCCGCGACCUCCGCCCCCGCCGCUGCACCGGCCGCCGCCACUGAAUCCGGCUUCUCGUUAUAUAACGCCGAAUAUCUCGUUAUAUAUAAGCCGAAUAUCUCCGGCUUCUCGUUCGGUAGCAGGUUCGGUGGUACACCGGCUGCCCAGAGCACGGCUACGGACGGCCCCAGCACCAGCUUCACGUUCCGACUGCCGGCCACCGCCAGCGCCACAGCGGCAGCAACAGACUCUGACUCGGAUGAGGUGACUGUGGUGGGCGAGGUUCAGCCGACCGAGGAGCAGCGCGCUGCCGCCGCCCGGCUCCAGCUGCCGGCCGGCUUCUACCUGUACGAACAGCGACCGCCGUGCCGGGGAUGCCGCGGCUGCUGGGACCAGAUGCCCGGAGAGGCAAGGGGCGAGAACACCACGGAGGAGGGACCUGUCAGCUCGACCUCUGGCUCUGGCGCCGCGGUCUCCAAUACCACCACCUCCAGCGCCGUGACCUCUGCCCCCGCCGCCGGCGCCGGAGCGGCCACUCCCAACAGCUCCUUCCAUUUCAAGGCUGCCCCGUUUUGGUUUGCGUUCGGCGGCGACCAGAGUAAGGUCGGCGAGGCGACUCCCAAGGCCACGUUCGAGUUCGGCGUGUCGUCCGCAGCCUCCUCGCCGUUCAAAUUCUCACUCGGCGGCGACGCCGACAAGUCUGGAUCCUCGAUCUUCGGAGGAGCGGCGGCAGCGGACACAAAGACCACGUCAAUAUUUGGAGGUUCAACGGGUAACAAGACAACUUCGAUCUUCGGAGGAGCGUCGUCAACUGAAACCAAACCUGUGUCUAUUUUCGGAGGAACACCCUCUUCCGAAGCCAAAACCACGUCCAUCUUUGGUACCCCAUCGGUGUUCGGAGGAAAGGGAGCUGACAAAGCCGUAUCUUUCUUCGGUGGUUCGACCACCACCGACAAGACAUCCAAAGAAAACCAGAUAUUCGGCGGCUCCGGGACUGACUCCAAGCCCGCCUCUCUGUUCGGCGGCUUUGGUGUGGCCUCUGGUGCCCAGUCGUCUCCGUUCGGCUCCGGCUCCUCAAUGUUAAGUGGAUGGCCGUCGUUCGGUAGCGCCGCGUCUAAGCCGGCCUCCAGCGAGAGCGGCGCCGCCGCCAAGCCACCUACUCCGGCCAACUCGUCCGCCCCCAAGGCGCCUGAGCCGGCCAGCUCCGGCUCGGCCCCAGGCAGUGACCUAGGGACGUUUUAUGAUGCUACAAACGAGAAGGACUGCGAGUACAAGUUGUGCCUGGCUGCAGACGGAGGCGUCGAGGACAGUGAUGAUGAUGACGUUGAUGAUGUGAGCUGCAGAACAGAAAGGCGUCAGAAUACGACGGUGACAGAAGUACUUGAUGUGGACGGAUCUGACUUCUCAGCGGAAGGAAAGGAGAAGCUCAGAACCAUUCUCAGCGAAUAUGCAGACAUCUUCAGUCAGUAUGCGGGUGAUAUCGGCAAGACAGAUUUGCUCGAACACCACAUCGACACAGGGGAGGAGGCUCCCGUGAAGCAGAGACCACGGCGGGUACCAGUUAAACUCCGCGAGCAAGUCGAGAUGCAGAAGACGCAGAUGAUGAAAGAUGGAAUAAUUGAAGAGAGUACAAGUCCGUGGUGCUCCCCAGUCGUCCUGGCCAGAAAGAAAGAUGGAAGUUUCCGCUUCUGCGUCGAUCUCCGCGCGAUCAACAGCCGAACUCGAGGAUGUGCGCAUCCUCUGCCGAGGGUCGACGAGGCGUUGGAUACCCUAGCGGGGGCAACGUGGUACACGACGCUCGACAUGGCGACCGGCUACUGGCAGGUCCCGCUGGCCACAGAGGACCGAGAAAAGACGGCGUUCUCCACGGGCAAAGGACUCCAUCAGUUCAGGGUGAUGGCCAUGGGUCUCAAAAAUGCUGGAGCCACAUUCCAGCGACUCAUGGAACUGGUGCUUGCGGGUCUGGACUCGAAACGCUGUUUAGUCUACCUUGAUGACAUCAUCAUAUCAAGCAGAUCCGAGGACGAGCACAUCGCAACGCUCCGUGAUGUCUUCAAGCGAGUGAGGUCGGCGAAGCUGAAGCUCAAACCAGAAAAGUGCCGCCUCGCAAAGCGCGAAGUUACGUUCCUCGGUCACCGGAUCGCAAAGGAGGGACUCCUACCGGACCCACAUAACAUCCAGAAGAUACUCGACUGGGCUCCACCGAAGACGGAAGAUGGCAUGAAAAGCUUCCUCGGAUUUCCAUCUACAGAACCCAGCAUCAACGACGCAGCACAGAGAGGGCUCCAGUCGCCGGCGGACAGUGACGUCUCGAAGCGGACAUCGAGCGAAUUCCCUGCGGCCAGUGACGCCUCGAAGCGGACAUCGAGCCAAUCACCUGCGACCAGUGUAGUCACAGUCCAGAAGCAGGAACUCUCGACUGUGAAGCAGUUCACAUUUCCACCUGGUCUAGUAGAGCAACAGGUGAUCGCGAUUUUGGAGUCCCUCCAAGUCCAAACCUUGAAGGAGCUCACGGUCUCCACUCCUCCUGACUCGACGGGACGGUGGCUGCGGCUGCUGCCGCCGUCCUUGAGGCGCCUGGACGUUUACGGACCGGGGGAGACGGGGGAGCCGGUGACACGGACCAGACCGCUCGACCAUGGGCUGGAUGUAGUCAUACAACAGGCGGGAGAUGACGUCAUCAACCAGCUGGCCAAGGAGCUGGGACCACGGGUUACCGCGCUGCACAUGUUCAACUGCCCGCGUGUCACUGCCGGGGCCCUACAGAGGCUGCUGUCCGCCCUCACCGGCCUGGAAGACGUCACACUUUGCGGCUCUCUGUCCGGCGCCAUCACUGACGCCUCACUGGCCGCCCUCCACGGCUGCUCCCAGCUGCGUAACAUGCAGCUGGGACAUCCCAGUGGACUCUGUACGGAUAUACCGGUCACAGCGGUCAGCAGACUGGUGGUUACCUGUCGGAAACUGAAGGAGCUGCUCUUUUACGCAACGGAGGACCUCAGUCAGAGGGUCCUGGACGCCCUGGUCCGGGCAGACCUGGGGAAAAGAGAUGACGGCACGCCGAGAGCACUGAGGUUCCAAGUCCGAGGAGCCGUUUAUGACAAGCUGAGCAUACCGUCUCAGACCGGCAACAUCAUGGUUGUGAGGAACCCCAAACACUAGAUGGGAUUAUCACAUGUAACAACUCGCGGACACCCACAGCGGUAUCAGCGGUGAUCAUUCUCGGCCCGUUCACCCUUCUGAUUGGCGCAUCACAAGACGCCGAGGUGACGGACAAAUGGGACGACAGUCUGCCGGGCUUUAUCUCCAACUGGGAGCCGGUGAAGCUGCGCUCCUUCAGCACCGGGUGAACACGGUGGGGUCGAACACAAUGCCUGCUUGUUCUUACUAUGCUGCUUCUGCUUAUGCGUUUCCUGUAUCAUAUAUGAUAAGAAACAAUGACGUGAUUGUUCGGUGAAAAUCAUUCAAAUGAUGUGAGCAAUUGUAGAGAUUGUGUGACUUAGGGAAUAAAAAUAUGGAUAAGAUACACAGUUAGAUGAUCGUCAAUGCUGCCUUAUCUAUCCUUAUCCGUUAGAGCACCCUUUUCUACGGAAUCGAUAGAAUGAACGCACCAUAUGUCCUUUACAUUUCGAACGCCUGUGAAAACUGAAUAGUUAUUAGUGCGCUCAGUGUCUCGUAUCGAUACACCGUGCGGCGGUGUCAACAAACCCGACCGAGGGAGGACUGUCAAGUUUGAGGGACACCGAACUGCCUGACCUGGGGAUGGGUGACGAUUGGAGGAGGAAGGGGGCGGGGCGAGUUUAGCCGGCGCGGCGGUUAUCCGCUCCUCACAUUUCACGUGUAUCGGUACUUUCGUGAGAGACUGUACAUUCACAUGGCGUGUGCUGUGAAACUUGCUGUUGGGUGUAAAUGUGAUAGAAACUGUUUGACGUGCGAAACAAGUGUAAUUAAUGGCUAUGUGCCGAUGUUAUGCACGGCGAUAGGGAUAAGGGAUAAGUGGCUUUUUCCACAUUGUCUACAAAUGUGUGAAUGAUGUAUGAGCGCGAAAGUAUGCAAACGAGACAUACUUUUAGGACACCUGUAU